AUGCAGCAGUUUGUGCGAUCUGAUGAUGACCGCAGCGACUUCUGUGCUCGAACCACGACUGCGUCUCAACCAACUCCCGAGAGGACGAUCGACCUGACAGCUCGGAUGUCGAUACCUUCUCAUGCAUCGGAUACAAGGACACCUCCAUCAACACUGGCGCCGGAAGAGAUGGCAACACCUGAGGAGGGUCUAACAUUUACUCACGGAGACAAUGUGGAUGAAUCCAUUAUACCAAAGGUGGGAAUGUUCUUUCCAGCAGAGGAGGAUGCGUAUGAGUUCUACAAACGGUAUGCAAAGGAGGCUGGAUUUGGAAUAAGGUGGGACAGGACUAAGAAAACAAUUAGGGAAAUAUCAUGCUCAUUGGCAGGGAAGUGGCAGUACUUCAAGCCAGGGGAAACAAGGAAGCGGAACAAGUUCUCUAAAAAAACAGGGUGCAAAUCAUACAUGAAGCUGAAGGAAGUGGAGAAUGAGGACAGAGAGUAUGAUGGCAAGGUGAUGGUGGAGAAUAUUAGGCUGUUACACAACCAUCCGUUAGCGAAAACACCAACAGUAACAAACCAGAUGGAGUGUCACAAGCAUAAGGAUGAGACGGUGAUGGAGCUUGUGGACGAACUAAAUACAAGCAAUGUGCCAAUCAACUGUACGAUAAAUAUGCUGAGCGAGAUGCAUGGGGGAGAGCAGAACGUCCCACUAACAGCACGUGACAUAGGAAACAGGAAAGCAGGUAAGACGCGGGAGGAGAAUGCAGAUGACAUAGGGAAAUUGAUUGAAUUUUUCCGUUACUGUCACGAACAAAAUCCACAGUUUUACUGGGACGUUGAUUGUGAUAAAGAUGGAUACAUCAAGAACAUGUUUUGGAGCCAUGCAAGCAUGCAGGGGGACUAUGCGGACUUUGGUGCCAAUGAUGCAAUGACCUUUGACACAACGUAUAAGACAAACGCAUAUGAGAUGCCUCUUGCAAUGUUUGUUGGAUCGAACCAUCACAACCAGAACGCUAUAUUUGGGUGCGCACUUCUACGACACGAAACAAUUGAUGCCUUCAGAUGGUUGUUUGGGACAUUCAAGAGGUGCAUGGGAGGGAAAACACCAAGAUGCAUCCUAACAGAUGAAGACCCAUCAAUGAAGGUGGCAAUACCUGAGAUGUUCCCGGGUAUAGUACAUAGGCUGUGCAGAUGGCAUGUGGUAAAUAAAGUGCAGACUAAACUCAAUGAGCUGUACGAGCUGCACAAAGAACUGAAAGAUGUGUUCAAUUCAACCAUCAACCAUCCACUGACACCAACUGAGUUUGAGAGUGCGUGGGCAGAGAUGUUGUCAAGAUUCAAACUGCAAGAUGACCCGACAUUAAGAAGCCUGUACAAUAUAAGGGAAAGCAAAUAA